UCCAUCAAAGACAACAGGCUGAUUACUGAAGCUUAAGUCAUGCUUGGAUUACUUUGGAUAACAUUUUUAUUUGAAAUCGCUGAAUGCAUUUUCAUCACAACACCGGGAAACUCGAGCAGAAUCAAAUUGAGUCAUUAUGGAAUAACUGCAGAGAAUCGAUUUUCUUUGAUAUUUAGGGUAAAAGCAUGUGGUUCCGCCCAUAUAUUCUUACUGGAUUCAGAAAUCCUUCCAACUCUAACUAGAGAAUUCAUCUUUGGAUAUAAAAACAAUACAAAAUGCGAGUUUGGAGACGAUAUAUACACUAAAUUUUCCUAUGCGUGUUCGAAUACUUGUGAUUCAUUUGAUGAUUAUUGGAUUUCAUGGUACUAUGUCACUCUUAAUGUUGCCCAGGAAUGGAAAAUGGGGCGCGGCACUGACUUAUCAGAUGGACUUAUCGGAAGUUUUCCCUGGUCAAUAACGUUUUACCCCAAGUAUAUUGAAAUAUCAUCGACCGAUCUUCCUGCAGAGUGGGAAUUUGAAAUUUCAUCGAACACAACACCAUUAGAUUCAGAGACGACACAAAUACCAACAACAGCAGAAAAAUUAAAAGAUCCCACGACAAUUGAACCAACAACAUCAACCUUACUGACGGAGAUUAUCACAGAAACAACAAGGCCAUCAUCAACAAUUUUAACGAUGACGUCAUCGACCACGUCAACUCAGACUGGACAGCCAUCUUCGAGCGAGACAACGACAGAUUCGUUCUGUUACUGUCCCUCUGAUAAGUCUUGUAGCUACAGAAACUAUACAGACGAGGAGAUAAGUCAGAUGAUAGAGACGAUGAUCAAGGAGUUAAAAGUCAGUGUGAAGGACACAAACGCCUAUAGAAGACGACUGAUUUCCGCGCCUGAUGACCGACCGUCUGCUCAGCGCAUGGGCGGAGUGGGCGCUAUGGUCAUCUGCCUCGUCAUCCUUGGGAUAGUGCUUAUGGACGCACCCCGUGUCGUCAAUUUCUUUAGAUAUCACGAUAGAAAAACUGAGUACUUGAAAAAGACUUCCAAAAGAAAAAAGUCUAAAAAAUAA